AUGCCAGACAAUUCGAGAUUAUUCAAAGAGAAACUUAGAAGAGAGUUAAUAGAGAAGCAUGUUAAGGGUAUAGAAAAUAGUAACUUGAUAUCACUAAAAUUUCAGGAAAGACUAAUAGAUAAUGAGGGAAGAUUGGAUGAUGAAGUAAUAUUGAAAAUACAGUCAUUUUUGAGGCCAUGUGAUUUGGAGGAAAUAUCUAUUGAAAGAUCUGAUAAAAGUAAAUGUGGUUGGAUUCAGUGUGAAAUGAAGAUUCCAAAAUCAUCUUCUAGUUAUUCAAAAAGUAAAUGGGCUCUGGAUAAGAGUUCAGGAAAUAUUAUUGAAAGGUCAACUUUGAGCCUGUUUUGCUCAACAAACUGCUACUAUUUAUAUUUGGACCUUUCAAUUUCACUAUCUGAAACACAUCCUCACCUUAGAAGUCAUGCGUUGAUUAAUAUUCAGAAAUGGCUAAAUUUGGAUCAAAUUGAGGAACAGAAUGAUAAAGAAGCUGCUUUAAAGAAUGAGAUGCAGGAAAGGACUGACUUAACAAAUACUUCCAAUUGCACAGCAAAUGAUGUCCCUUUAAACAGUACCUCUGAUAUCCGUCUACUAGAAACAGAUAAAGAUCAGAAAAUGGUCAAAUUUAAAGAUGAAGAGAUAACUAAAGAAGUAAAUACUAAAGGACAAGCUGAGCUUGAAAAUAUUUUGGAAACCAUUAAAUCCUUUAGGAGUAGUAAUACCCAAUAUAAAUUCAACCAGAUAGUUAAACAGUUUGAUUAUUUGGAAAUUGAGGAGUCAGAGUCUAAGAACUCUUUAGACUUGAAUAGUGUAGAUCUCAAUGAUCAGAAAACCACAGAAAUUACUCAAGGCAAAGAAGAAACUCAGGAAGACCAAGGAAGCCAAGAAGAAUUGGACGACCCAGAGUAUACAUACCAAGAUAUGAUGCAAGUCUUGCAGGAUAUUAGUGAGGAUGAUGAUGAUGAUUAUGAUAGCGAAGAGGAUGAGGAAGAGAAUGAUGAGGAGGUAAGAGGAGAUAGAGGUGAAAUUUAUGACGAGAAAUUAGAAAAGAAAAACAAAAGGAGUGGUAAUAGUCAAGACUACGUUCUGUUAAUGACACAGUUUUACGACAAUUUGUCACCGGAAGUUGUUAUUUUGGACUUACUAACCUCUUUUAUUUCGGAGGAAACCAGAGAUUUAAUUAAAUCUAAAUGUAUUGUGAAUCUGAAUAAAAACAGUAAAAAAGAAGAAUCUAAUAAAGAAAAUAACAAAAUUAAUGAAUUUAAUACCAUUCAAAUUGACAGAAGAAAUGUAUUAAAGGAUAAUCUGUCUGGCUAUAUUAGUUCUAUAGAAUGGAUAUCACAUACUAAAUUAUUAGUUUUUACUAUAUAUAGAAUUCUGGACACAUUUAUAUUCCCAUUUUCUGUACCAAACCUUAAACAAUCAUGUUUGGAGCUUUUAACUUUUAUUCUCAUAGAGGUUAUUACAGAUCAUGAAGUUCAUUUUGAUAUUACCAAUUACUUUGAGUCAUUACAGGAUGAAAUAAAAACUAAAGCUGAACAAUGGAUUUUUGAAACAAGAAGGAAAUAUGACAGUAAAUUUAUUGACAAUAUUAAACUUUUAUUUAUUAGUAAAGAUUAA